UCCAGGCGCUGAGUGCAGCCUCUGCAGCAGCGUCCACACCGCGUGUUAUGCGGUACAUGGGAGCCGCUUGGCCUCACAAUCCAGGAUGAUGUGGCCGGAGUAUGCUGAGGUCGCACCUGGAUGAGGCGGAUGUCACGUUGUUGUUAUACAAAAGCUGCAGCUUGCUGGAGAAUUUCUGCGCCGAAGUUUCGUAACCUUGUCGCCGAGUGGAGCGACGCACGGCUGUUGUCACACCUCACCUGCACGCUUGACGCUGCACGAUAUCCCUCGCGGAUCGUGCCGCGGCUCUGCACCUCGACCGCUGGAGCAUGUUCCGGACACGACGUCCAAUCGUGUGGUGACAUAGCACUGCAUUCGCAUUCAAUAUUCAUUCAUUCAUUCACCUGCCGGACGGGUCAGACAUGCGGCGAGUCCGCGGCGACGACGAUACGACGACGACGACGAUGACAACGAGGACGCCAUUCCAUCUCCUCGGAUUCCAGAUAUCUCACGCCGGUCUCAGACAACUCAUCACUCUCGUGUUGCGCUGUUCCAUGGCUGCAGUGGGGGCACGGGGCGAAUGACCUUACACGACAGUCCGCCAAGGAAGCGUGUUCUGUUGGUGUCCCUCUUGGUCUCGAGGUACAGUAGUAGCGUGGGUCAUAUCUGAGUAAUCUUGUUUGCGCCAGCGACCUGCGGCACCCGAAUCAUCAUCUGCUGUACCUGUUCGCCUCCUGUACCACGGUCACGCCCAGGGCAUUGCCGUCGCUGAACACGCCGUGUCCUUGCGUCUUUGUGAGAUCGGAGGAGAUCCUGAGGGAACCACAACAGCAACAACAACAACAAUAACACCAACACUAACAGGACUAGUCUUCUAUUUGGCCUCUACCGUGCUCGUCUCCUCUCCCUGCUGCCUUCUUCCGUCUCGAAGACUCUUUUUCUUGACACAUUCUCUUCUUUCGAUCUCGAGUCGACGUGCUCUCCUCGCACGCGUUCAUGUCUAUUCCUCGUCCUGCUGUCCUCGCCACAGUCCAUUGCGCCGCCUGCAACCAUUGGAGAGAAGAGUGUGGCUGCGACCGCCGGCGUGCCGCACGCCAAUGAUCGACACUGCCUAGCUGACGCGCAGUUACUGUAUCGAUACUCCUCACCCAGAGUCGUCUCGGAACAUUGCGCAGCUCUGCUUCGUCCUGAAAGAGUGAGACUGCAGCAUCAUCCGUGGUGCCAGACCCGACCGCAGCUCGUCCACACGACAUCCACACGCUACACGGCAACGCACUCUCUGCCCGAGAGUACGUUGCAGACACUGAGCUCGUGUGCGAUGCAGCUUUCCGGUGCUCUGCAGCGUCGUCGUCCACCACCACCAGCCUUUACCAACCAUACUCCCCGUCAGUGGGAGAUAACAGCUGUGUGCCCCUCGCAAUCUCUCCCGUACUCGCAUGACAUGUUCGGACUUGGGCCUGGCACUGGCAUGACCAUUGGCGGUGCUGGUCCACUCGAGUCUGAGGCCUCAACCACCAUGGGCCAGGCCCAUUCAGCCACUGCUCAGGCGAAAACCGAGAAGCUCCGCAGACGAAGCUCCACGACCAUUCUUCGCGAGGACUCUAUACAGCAAACCUUCGAAAACAACCCGUGUCCGAGUCCGGCGAGUGAGAAUACUCCGGCAUUGUCGGGAUCGAACUCCUCCUGGUCGAUGCACUACGACUGUGCCAAUCAAUUGCCAUAUUCCACCACUCACACACUGGCGGGCUCCUCGAAUGUGGACACGAUGAACACGCAGACGAGCUUAGCACGACUGCCCAAGGACAACCCUUCGCAUGAUUUGGCGUGGUUUCUGAAGAACACGGCUCCCCCCGCGCCUCAUCGCAAACCCAGCAGGGCCGACCAUCCCCACCGAGCGGUGAGCGGUAAGAAUGCGUUGCGACUGUUGCGGAAUGGAAGCGGUCAGCAGAAGAAGCACCGCGUGUCAUUGAUUCAAACCGCCCAUGACAGGCUCAACGGUGUGUUGCGGGACGAGGGUGGCUUACUUCCGGGGAUCGCAGUGCCUGUUCCCAGAAAUUGCGAACAAAAGAUUUCAUCCAACGGAAAACGCUAUCUGGCCCUGGUACCAGAGCAAUCUGAGCAUGGUGGGGAUGGUGAUGAUGAUGAUGAUGAUGGUGGUGGUGGUGGUGAUGGUGAUGGUGAUGUACGAAUGAAUUUCGAUGACCCUUCCAUCCUCAGUCCAGAUAUACUGGAGUCUAGAGUGUCAGUGUGCUUCCACGACGACGUUGCAUCGGCCACGAGUGAUAUACUGGAUACUUGGUUAUCGACAUACACGGAGUCUUUGAACAAGCAACGAACGAACAGUGUCAGCGACCAGCGUACUAUCAUGAGUGAUCGAAGUUCCAAACCUCCUUCUAGCUUUCAAGACGUGGCAAGUCGAUUGUCAAGAUCACAACAACAUCAAUACUCCGACACGCCCAUACGACCAGCUGCCUCCAAUCCGCCCACGCCUCUUCCAGAAUCCGCAUUAUCCAUGGCAGAUUCGCACCACGGCAGCAUAUACGACCGACCGCCACCCAGGAUCUCUUUUGACACUUCUCGAGCGCUCACGAGCCAUCCCAUAUCGCCUGCUCACGAUAGCCAUACCCACGUUCCGAAACUAUCCUUACCACAUGAAGCUUUCCCUGUCAAGCACCCCAGCCCCGGAAAGGAAGUCCAAAUUCGCCACCCUGUACCUCGCCGACUGGGCAGCCAUCCUGUCCUACUCCAGCGGGCUUCAAGCAUCGCAUCAAUGAUGUACGGGAGAAGUGUUUCCGAGCACAUGGACUCGUGCGAAAGCCCUGGUCCCCCUCCUCCGCGCAGUCCUUUGCGGCUACGCCGUGAUCCCAGGACGAUUGAAGGUAUUAUCUCGAACCAUGAGAGUGUCCGCAGAAGCACUCCACGAGUUGCACCGAGCAUCAAGUCCAUGAGCGACUUUCACUUCGAUGCAGAGCCCAUCCGAGCAACAGUGACCACGGAAUGCUCGGGACCCAUCAAGCGACCCAAGUCUCGAGGCAAGAAGAAGAAGAAGGAGAAGAAUAUGCUGCCAGGAGUCCCGUACCCGGCUAACCGAAAGGCGAGAGAAGAGCGAGUACGAGCACGCCAAAUGCGUGACACUGAUAGGUCAAUUGAAUCUGUCAUGGACGAGCCUGAACAGCCCAACAGACAACGGUUGAAGAAGAUGAGACCGAGGAUCCAGAUCCCGGCGUUGGCACCUCAUCGAACCACUUCGACAGCAAGUCGACAUAGCGAUGUCUCCAGCCCAGCCAGCUACAGAAAGAUCACUCAAUGGACCGCUUCACCCGUAUCGCCAGUACCAUCGUUGGCCAGUGAGAUCUCCGAAGAAGAUCACACUACAUACACGCCCAUAUCGCCUUCAGCCUCCGCCGAGGCACGGGAUGCUCAAGCAAGUCUAUGCAUGUCCGAGAUGAUGUUUGUAGCAGAGGAGGUCCCUGUGGCGGAGAGCACCAAGUCUCCCAAACUGCCCAAGUCAAUCAUGAAGGAGACCAAGAGUGUCAGCAAAUCUUACAAGCCGCGACCUCGAUCGGCUUCUUUGCCGCGGAAUGCGUUCCUGCGCCGCAGUCGACAGAGUUUGAGCAACCAAUCCUCGCCACGGGGCAAGAGUCCCGUGUUGAGGCAGUCUGUCGAUGAUGCUCCUCCACCUUUACCCUCGCCGCAGCCGGGUCGAGUACAGCCACCCACACAGCCCCAGUCAGGAGGAUCAGAGAAGCCGAACACGUCGAACACCGGAGCGAAACGUACCACUCAAAGCAAGGACUUUGCCACUGUACCUUCUUCGCUGGACGCUUCACCCAUGUCGACCUCGGGGAAGAGACACCCGCCGCACAUUGCGACUCAACACAAGCUCUCUGGAGAGCGCAAAAUGAAAAGCGCAAAUCGCGCAGCCUCUCGCAUCGACGCUCGUCUAGAGGCGUUGGAGAAACAGAAUGCUCUCCUUUCCGCAGCAUUGAUGGCUGUACUCAAAACGACGAAUGGCCAGCUCCAUGAUCCCCUGCCCGAUCAAGCAGGAAUCGUCGUACCCGACGAGACACCACCACCGAAAGGACCCAUGGCGUGGGAGGCGAGAGUGGCCAAGAGAAGCGAAGCGACGAUGGCGAGUGGAGGUGCCACUGCUGCUGCUGCUCCUGGUCAUCAUGUCCGCAGUGGUAGCAAUGGCAGCGCAAUGGAAAUGUACCUGAGUAAUACGAGAAGAAGAAGUAGUCGUCGACGUGAACAGGCGCCGGAGGGAAGAGAAGAAGCGUAGAACCGCACUCAGAUGUGGGGGCGAGGGCGUGUGAUGAUGUGGUGAUUUUUGAAAAAUAAAGGAAGAGAGAAAAAAAUUCAAAAUCCCAGUGAACAACGGCCGUUUUUAAAAGGAAAAAGGAUUUCGACGAUGAAGAAAGUUUUUGUCUGAAAAGAAGAUUAUGAGUAAUACCUUACUUAAUAUAUAUGUACAACUAGAGUUCUACAUACCUUACCUAUUGAGGUAC